CUUGCCCUGUAGCCUGCAGCCAUUAUUGCCUUUAAACUGUACGAUAAAAACCCACACUCAGAACUUGCAAGUGGACGUUUUGCUUCGUGGGUGAUUCUAGCUUUCUCCUCCUCUAGGUGUAAUAGUUAGCCUUCAAAUGUUCAAUUGAGUGUCUUCGACUCUUCGUCCAAGUUUUCUUGAGGAAAUCUUUAGAGGCUGGUGCUGGUGAGAAGGGUCAAUCUAAGCUUUCUCUCCAUGGGUUCGUGCAUCAGUACAAGAACCAAUCCCGAGACGGAUCGUCAUCAUGGUGCCAAUGCCGAGACGGAUCUUCAUCAUGUGCCUUCACUUCCUCAGACAGAGGGUGGGAUCAUAAAAGCAGCCAAUUUGGAGUGCUUUUGCUUCAGUGAACUGGCAGCAGCCACAGGACACUUCAAUAAAGAGAAUUUGUUGGGUUUGGGAGAGUUCGGUGUUGUCUACAGAGGAUGGAUUGAUGAGCAUUCACUAAAGGCUACAAGUCCUACGAAGGGCAUGGCUAUUGCUGUAAAGAAGCUUAGGCAUGACAGUUGCCAGGGUCAACAAGAAUGGUUGACAGAAAUCAAAUACCUGGGGCAGCUGUGUCAUCCAAAUCUUGUGAAAUUGAUCGGUUAUUGCUUAGAGGAUAAAAACCGGCUUCUAGUAUACGAGUUUAUGCCAAAAGGCAGCUUGGAUAGACAUCUAUUUGAAGCAGGAGAUUCUACCUUCCAAAUACUCUCUUGGGAUCAACGAAUAAAAGUUGCUCUCAGCAUUGCUAAGGCGCUAGCAUUUCUCCAUCAUGAGGUGCACGCAAUACAUCGAGAUGUUAAGACUUCCAAUAUCCUGCUUGAUUUGAACUAUAAUGCUAAACUCAGUGACUUUGGGUUGGCCAAGGAUGGGUCUGUCAACAGUAGAAGCCAUGUUACAGCAAGGGUUUUGGGUACUGAAGGGUAUUAUGCUCCUGAGUAUAUGGAGUCAGGUCAUCUAUCAACAAGAUGUGAAGUAUAUAGUUUUGGGGUUGUUCUACUGGAAUUGUUAUGUGGCAGGCCAGCCAUAGACACAGAAAGGCCAGACGAGGAAACGAACUUGGUCCAGUGGGCAAGGCCUUGCCUUGACAAUGCAUACACUAUUUUCCGGAUUCUGGAUGCUAGAAGCUUGGGCCAUUUUUCAAAAUACAGUGUGCUAAAAACAGCUAAAUUAGCAUCUCUAUGCGUCUUAUCAGAACCAACGUCUAGACCAACCAUGAAAGAAGUGGUAGAAGCCUUGGAAAAACUUCAAGAACCCAAUGAAAAUGAGGGAUCUAGUGACAGAGUGUCCAAAUCAAAGAGUAACAAAAUGCAGUAUGCCACCCAGCCUUGUCGUGUGAAACCGAACAGCUACCCAGCCUAGCCCUGUCCAUGGCAUAUGCUUCGCGUCUCUCAAACCAGCAUGCUUUCAAGCUGCGUGAAUCUACACAGCCAUGUAGUCGUUGGCUAGCUGUGUCCGGUUUGUUUUUAAACUUGCUAUUAAGUUUCUAAUUCCUAUUAUAAGUAGGAUUCUUCUUUCAUCAUGAUUGUGUUUUAUUUUCUUACUUAAUUUAGGACUUGUAAAGUUUAUUCCUAUUUAGUUUAGGAAUCAUAACUCUAUAUAAACCCAUGUAUUCUUUGUAUCAAGAGAACUUUUGCAACUUCUCAUCAAUAAACAGAUUUUUCUUCAAUAAA